UCCAAAGUCUCUCAGCCGAUACUUAAUUUUUACUGCUAUAUGGUAUCUUCUAAAUAGUUUCAACCACAAGUUCUAUUGUGACCUGCUUGAUGGAACCCUAGGCUAACUGCAUAUGCUAAAGGUAAGAAAGAUUUUAUAACUGAAGAAAGUCACAACUGCAUCGCCUUGACGCUGAAAAGGUUAACAAAAGAAAAUUACUUUUUGAGACAAAACAUUAACUGAAACACUGAACACAAUCUUUUGCCUAAAUUGGUGCGGAAAACAAAAUUAUGAACGCCCAUUACAGUGUGAUAAAAAUCUAAAGAAAAUUCAAAGAUUAUCUAUGAAACUACAGUGAUUAUCAAAGACUUGGUAUAAGGGUUUCCAAUACUGAAAGAAUAAAGAACAUAAUUCUGAGCGAGAAGAGAGGAUUUCAUUAUAAUCCUGUUUAAGAAUGCCUGUGGAAAUGUUGGCAUGAGUUCCUCAGAAAACAGAAUAUAGAACAGUGAAUUUUCUCCAGCAUUGUUCUGCCCUCUGUGCUGUGCUGUGGAAAAGUUAUUGUUGAAGUUCAAUCUCAAGAGGAAAAACAGCUUUAUCUACAGUUAAAAUAAAGACUAUUUUUUUCCAUAUUUGGGUGGUGAAAGUGAUUAGGGAGGUCAAGCUGAGUUAUCAGCCAUGGCAUUUGCUGAUCUUUUGGAAAAAACUGGAGGCAUGGGACGGUUCCAGAUCAUACACGUUACAUUGCUAUGCAUUCCAAUAUUGUUAAUGGCCAGCCAUAACCUGCUCCAAAACUUCAGUGCUGCAAUUCCAAGCCACGUGUGCAAAAUAAAUGACACGGGGGCUGUUAACAGCAGUAUUGUCACCGAGGGUUGGGUGGGGGUCUUUAUACCUCUGAAUGAGCAGGGGAGGCCUGAAUCAUGCCUGGAGUUUGCUGACGUACAAUGGAGAAAGGUGGAUUCCAACGACACGUGGCUUAACAGUACAGAUGCAGAAACAAGACCCUGCACAAAUGGUUGGGAGUAUGAUCGGGAGGAGUUCAGCUCAACUAUAAUCACUGAAUGGGAUUUGGUGUGCAGCACCAAACACAAAAGACAGCUGGCUCAGUCCUUGUACAUGGCAGGUGUGCUUGUGGGAGCCAUUAUCCUGGGAGGCCUGUCAGACAAGUACGGUCGAAGGGCAUUGCUAAUUUGGUCAUACUUACAAAUGGCUGUCUGUGGGAUCUGCACUACCUUUUCUCCAAACUACCUCUCCUACUGUGUAUUCCGGUUUCUUUGUGGGAUGGCUCUGUCUGGAAUUGGGCUGAACACUACUGCCUUAAUUGUGGAAUGGGUUCCAACCAACGUUCGCACAAUAACAGGCACUCUGGCGGGAUAUUCCUAUACUGUUGGACAACUCCUUCUUGCAGGUUUAGCAUAUGGCAUUAGAGACUGGCGAUGGUUGCAGCUUUCUGUUUCUCUACCAUUUUUCCUGUACUUCUUAUACUCCUGGUGGUUCCCUGAAUCUGCCCGCUGGCUCGUCCUCUCUGGCAAACCUGCCAAGGCAGUCAGUCAGAUGAAGAGAGUGGGCAUGUUUAACGGAAGGAAAGAAGAAGCCGAGAAAAUUACUUUAGAGACCCUGAAAGCUGAUAUGAUGAAAGAGAUGGCUUGUGGGAAUUCAACUUAUACUGUGUUUGAUUUGGUCCGAACCAGAACUGUGCGCAGAAUAUCCUUUGCUGUGAGCUUUGUGUGGUUCUCUACUAGUUUCGCCUAUUAUGGAUUAGCAAUGGACCUACAAAAAUUUGGAGUCAGCAUCUACCUUAUCCAGGUUAUCUUUGGGGCUGUCGAUUUUCCAGCCAAGCUAGUUUCUACCACAUGCAUGAUCUACAUUGGCCGAAGGGUCACACAGUUCUUUUCCCUCUUCCUUGGAGGGCUGGCAAUCCUGGCUAACAUCUUCGUACCAGCUGAGCUGCAGACACUGAGGACCAGCUUUGCAGUGUUUGGAAAGGGCUGUUUGGCUGCUUCUUUUAGCUGUGUUUUUCUUUAUACCACAGAACUUUAUCCUACAGUCAUCAGACAGAGUGGUCUUGGCUUGGGCAGUACCAUGGCACGUAUAGGCGGCAUUGUGGCUCCUCUAGUGAAGAUGCUUGGUGAAUUCUAUCCUUUCUUACCACUGGUCAUAUAUGGAAGUGCACCAAUUAUAUCUGGAUUACUAGUAUAUUUCUUACCUGAGACAGUUAACAAACCACUGCCAGACACCAUUGAAGAGGUAGAAGAAGGGAAAGAAUCCCCAGUGAAAGAGGAGAAAAAAGAGAUUGUGCCUCUACAAACAAUGAAAGCCAACCCUGUGCGUGAGGUGGUAUGACAUCAGAAAUGGAAUCAAACACUGACAGCCUCC